GUCGCGUGACCGUCCUUCCACCCGCAGCCGACAUGCAGUCCCCGGCGGUGCUCGUCACCUCCAGGCAAGUUCAGAAUGUCCACACAGGCCUCGACCUGACUGUGCCACAGCACCAGGAGGUACGGGGUAAGAUGAUGUCCGGCCAUGUGGAAUACCAGAUCCUGGUAGUGACCCGGUUGGCUGUGUUCAAGUCAGCCAAGCACCGGCCCGAAGAUGUCAUCCAGUUCUUGGUCUCCAAAAAAUACAGCGAGAUUGAGGAGUUUUACCAGAAGCUGUGCAGUCAUUUCCCAGCAGCCAGCUUGCCCCCGCUGCCUAGGAAGGUCCUGUUUGUCGGGGAGUCUGACAUCCGGGAAAGGAGAGCCAUGUUUGAUGAGAUCCUACGCUGUGUCUCCAAGGAUGCCCAGUUGGCAGGCAGCCCAGAGCUGCUAGAAUUCUUAGGUACCAGAUCCCCGGGAGCUACAGGCCUUGCCACCAGAGAUCCCUCUGUCUUGGAUGACACAGCCAGCCAGCCAGGGGACAUCGACGAGGAGGCGUUUGACUUCUUUGAACAGCAAGAUGAAGUGCCACCACCCACACUGGGCCUGAGCAACAAGGAUGUGGAGAAAUCCUUGGAGGAAGCAGAGGAGGAGGAGGAAGUGCUGGAUCCCCUGGGUAUCAUUCGCUCUAAGAAGCCCAAGAAACUCCCGGAAGUGGCCACGAGGCCCAAGCCUUCACCUCGGCUCACCAUCUUUGAUGAGGAGGUAGACCCUGACGAAGGGCUCUUCAGCCCAGACAAGAAGGUAUCCUCCCAGAGACCUCUGGAGACCACACAGGACUCCCUGAAGCUGUUUGAUGACCCUGACCUUGGUGGGGCUGUCUCCCUGGGUGACCCUUUAUUGCUGCCAGCUGCCCAUGAAAGUGGAGGGCCCGCAUCCAGCCCAGAACACGGGGAUGCUUCCAAGAAGCUGUUCAGAGUUGAAGAGGACCUGGACCAGAUUCUGAACCUGGGAUCUGAACCUAAACCGAAGCCCCAGACUAAGCCCAAGCCUCUAGUCCCAGCUAAGCCAGCAUUGCCCAGGAAACCGACUGUGCCCCCCUCCGUGGGCCUGUCAGAAACCGGGGCUGGACCACAGAAGCAGCAACAGAUACAAGCCAUGGAUGAAAUGGACAUCUUGCAGUACAUCCGGGACCAUGACACACUUGCCCAAGCCUCCCCCAGCCUCUUCUGACCCCACCUCCACCCCAGCCUAUGCUGUGCCUGGGGAGGAGGCCUGUUUGUGAAUGUGUGGGUCCUGGCUGCACGGCAAGGACCACCAGUGGAAGUGGAGGCCUGGACCCCAGUCCCAGUGCCAUACCUUUUCCUUUUCUCCUGGGCUAUGGGCUAGACAAGGACUCUCGGCAGAAUGAACCAGGGGGAAGGAACCAGGCCAGAUGGUCCCCACCCAGCUGGCUCUGAAAAGGAGGGUACCUGUGGGCUUCUUUUGCUCUGCAGGGGCCUGACCUCAAGGGGGGAGAUCAGAGGACUUUGUCACCCAGAGGAAGGGACACCUGCAUACUUGUACCCACUGGCUCUGCCAGUUCAGCAAAGGAAGGAGUGCUAACCCUGAGCCUAGGCUGGGUUAAAGAGGUACCUGUGACAGGCAGCUCUGGAGUCUCUACUUGGCCUGGCUGCUGGGACCCCAUGGCAUGUUCUGAGCAGAAAACCCAGUUAUCCAGACAUCCCUGACCCAAGUCCCUUCUGAGUCUCCUUUGGCUUCCAAUGCUCAGAGGAAAACUUGGACCCAACCUUGCCUUUCUAGGGCAUGCAGGUCUUCCAGGACCCCACGUCUUCCCAGCUUUUCCCUGGAAGCGACUGGUCAGCCGAUGGCCCCUUUCAUGCAGCUGUCAACAAAGUGGGUCUUAGUAUUCCCCAGAGCUUGGCCCAUGGAGUAUGAGACUCUGAGGAUUCUUUCCCAAGUCUUUGUCUGCCCUCAGGAUCAGAACUUGCUCAUUAGCUUUUCUCCAGUGGAGCCACCUGCCAGGGGAGAAGGAGCUGUGUACCAGGGCAAUCCUGUGCCUUCUAGUAGAUGGUGUUUCAUGGAACAAAGGAUGUUAGAGUGUAUUCUUUGUGUCAGGAACUAGUUUGUUCUUGUUUUAAUGAAAUACCAUUUUUUAACAAAAUGCACCCAUUUUGUUCCUUGGCUCAGUUGUGCUUCACAGAGGCAUUAGAAGGGCCCAGUUGGGUCCUAGAGCCACUGCCAAGAUUCCCCAAAUGGCACAGUUCAACCGUUUGCUGCUGUCAGAGUGUGGGGUCCCCAGCUCUUUCUUGGAGUAAGACCUACAGGAUCAGGCUGGGAGUAACAGGUCUGACCCAUCUUGCAUCUUACCACAUCCCUUGUCAGGGGCCUAGUUCAGAGCAGGCCACCUGCCUACGCUGAAUAAGAGUAAAUAGGUGGUUCUAGGCAGAGGGCCAGAGCACUCCUCCGCUUGCCAGGUUGAGGGUCUCCUCAGAGCCUAGAUAACUAGAUAGCCCCUGCCCCAACGCUUUCCCUAUCACUAGCAGGUCUCCAUCCCCUGCAUCUCUUGGUGCCUAGCACCUAGCCCAGUGCCCAGAAGCUCUCCCCAUCCCCAAGCCCCUUCCUCACUCACUGCAAAGGAAGGUUCAGUAGGUGGGGAGAGGUCACAUGGCCUAGACUUGUUGUACAAAUGUGUUCAUGGGCAUCUUUGGACAUUUCUCUCUGCAUCCAUUCCUCUGUGCCUUGCCUACCAGCUCUCUACCUCUCUUUCACACACACACACACACACACACACACACACACACACACACACACACCUUGCAUCUGUUCCAGGUGAUAGAUGACAUAGGAACUAUGGGUGUAUAAGGGCUUGAAUGACCGUGGACCCAUCCCCGGCUGAGGUCUCUAGCAAAACCCGACCCAGCACCUUCUAGUGUGGUUCUGCCCACAGUGGGGACUUGUCUGUGUGGAACUUUGGGGCACCCUGGCAUGGGUGUUCGCCCCACAGGUAGUGAUUUUGCAAUCACGACUUGUUUUGAUUACAGAUCUAUGACCUGUGGAGCCAGUCUUGUGUCUCCCAGCUCUCCAGUAAAGUCUGCGUACGACAAAGCCAGAA